UCGACUUCUGUCAACCUUCCCAUGACAACCCGAAACAUGUCUGCCUCCAUAAGACUAUAGCUCAGCGACUUCGGAAGUUGGUUUAAACCGUGAAAAAUUAACGAGGUUUAAGAUAAAAGGCACAGAUAGAGAGUUUAACUUAUCUCGAUGGAUGAUAGCCUGGAAUCUGUUAAUUACAUGUGUAUAUGAGGGGAAAAUUCGUACAGCAUGGUAACGAAAUGAUAAACAAGUUUUGAACUCGGACAAGUUCCACCAACGGCUUGACGAUGAGUGGUACGUCUUCGGUCAUGUCGGACGUACCGAGGUACCAGGUCGGACGAUCGGACAGCUCUGCGAGCAGUCUGUCCAUGCACCCAUUUGGAUUUGAUUCAAAGACAAAAUACGAUGCUAACGAAUCGCUCAUUUCUAUAAGAAGUAACAAUUUCUCCAAAAAGCGAUUAGAACAGGACGAUGACAUUUGGAAACGCCCACCUCCAGACUUCCGGCCUCAGAAGUUUGCGCCAAAUCCGCCGAAACGAAACUCCAGAGAAUCCAUGCAACCAUGGCGGUAUGGGACAUUUCCUGGUGAACAUGUGUUUGUUAAGAAACCUACAUCAAAAGUAAUUCCUAAAAUUCUAAUGCCCAAAAUGGCACCCGAAGGACGAAUAAUCACCCAAUUUCAUAUAGACCGACCAUUUACAGCUAAGAAGAAAUUCGUAAGGGAGGGCAUGUUCAAACCGGAAAUGUAUGUAAAUCCAACAGAGCAUGAUUUUAGAGGGUAUCCGCCGAUCAAAAAGUUCGGAUUACCGGAGUUUACAACUUACGAUGAACCGGAUCCGUUUGAUUUAUACUUCAACACUGAGAGACUUAAUAUUAUUCACGGCGAACCACUUGAUAGAGCCGCUGACCGGAAUAUCAAAGGCCUGCAAAUGGCGCCCCCUGUACAUAUGCUGCCAAAAUGGGAAAGAGAGUUAAUUUUGGACCAGGAGCCAUUUCCAACCAAGCCUGGCGAGUUCAACCGACACCGUUUACGGUUCAGACCAGCACGCAGUGCGUUCAUGGAGAGAGUGACGCGAACCCUGGAUAUGAAUUGGGCUAAAGAACGACUAGACAAUGCACUGGAACAAGCGCAAAGCUGAGGACCAUCACUCUCUACAGACAAAAUAAGGAUUCUAUAACAUGUCUUCUCUCUAAUAACGUAAGAUAAAAUGGAAUAGCAGUGUUGUAAGGCACCCCUCCUGUAAUUUCAUCCCAAUCGCACAUUGUCGGUAUUUAUCGGAAUAAGCCGGAAAUCCACGAAGACGUCCGAUUGAAUUUUAUUCAGUAAAAUGCUUACGACCACUGGCUUCAAUGAUAGAAAUCAUAAUUUUAGAUUCAAAUUAUUUUAUUUGUUAGAUAGAAAAUACAAUUAGAUAUUCAAAGAUCAAACCAUGAACAGACUGGUAAAACAUUUACAUAACAAACGAAAUAUAGGACAUAUCUUACAAAAGCCUUUUCCCCGAAAGAUUGGAAUUUAAAACAUGGUACCACAGGAUAUUUCUGGAAUUGGCAGGCAUUAUAUGAUACGUUAUUUAUAGAAUUGUUUCUCUAACUACCUGCUCAAUUUCAGAAUUAAAAUUAUUGACCUGCGUGAAAACUUUCGAAUUAACCUUUGGUCUUUACCUUCGUAACAGUAUUACUAUUCCUGAUGGUGUGGUGUCUAAACCUAUUUAAAAGAGUAAACAAAUGCGUGAUGUUUAUUUAUAUGACUAAUAUUUCUUUAAAAGAAUGUGAUGACCCAAUUUCGUUUUUUAUAAAAUAUUUGUGAUAGUAUGGGCAUAUUGUUUAUCCACAUGGACAUGACACAUACUUCCAAUACGGACGGCGGGGUUGGGAAUUGUCCAAGUCUAUGUGUAAUUAUUUCCUUUCAAUGUGCUAAGUAUGUAAAUGUGUUCAUUUUGUAUAUUUUUACGUUGUGUAGAUCCUCUGGGCAAAAUUAUCUGUGAUAUCAAUGAGGGACGGAAGCCCUGGAUGUUUACUGCUUAAAUUAUAACCACGAUUGUAACUUCCCACAGGACUUGUAUUUAAAAUAUCUUCCCUGAAUUCUCGAAUAAAUAACGGUCAUAGCGUAAACCAAACAUAUGCACGUACAUAUCAAUUAUGUAAAAUGUUGACUAUUUUUAAUCGCUUUCAAUUUGACUCCAACGCAACCCACAACAACUGCAUACACAAGUCUAUACUCAUGUAUAUUUCAUCCGGCUUUUAGCAACGAACAUUUUAUAUUGUAUUCUCUAAUGAUUUAUUGAAUUUUCGAAUGAAUUAUUGAUAACGUCAUAGCAGCUGCACACACCAACACACAUUUGAUAUUAGGCACAUCCGGAAAACUUUCGCCGAUAAAUAGGUUUAUUGAUUAUACAGUGUGGUUAUUUUGUACCUUCAUCUAAAAAGAGUUACAUUGUCAACCAUAGCAGAUCAAUAAGUACCUACUGAAUAAGCGUUCAGUACCAUAUUUAUUCUAAUCAAAACAUAUCGAUAUAUCAAAUAUUAACCAUUUUCAUAUUCUUCAGAAAGUGUUUACAUGUUUGAAUGGUCAACAUAGUUUUUCUUUAUUGAUUAAAAAUAAACCGAAAUGUUUGUUGAUACAUUAUAGAUAUCGGUCGAAUAAUUAAUUUAAUUUCCCAUCGAUUUAGUUUCAACUUCUGCCAUAUCUAUUUCCCUGCCUUGAUUAUUUUACACAGAGCAAUCGGCUAACUUCGGCUGAAUUCGGUAGUGAAUACGGAAUCGGCCGAGUUAUGACGAAUGUCAGUCUAUCUAACUAUUGUAGAAACCGAUUCACUUUGGUUACAAGUAUAAUGCGCAUGCGUAGAAAAACACGUUACAAUGCGCAUGUCUAUUCGUCUUUGCUCAAUCACUUGGCCCGACUAUAGUAACACGACUUCGUUUGAGCAUGCGUCACCAUUUAUAGAAGCACGGCAGUGAUUGGCUGUUGUUGUUUAUAUACAUAUGUAAUCACAUUCGAUGGAAUAGCCUAACUAUUGUAAAUAGUUUACGCCCGAAGAAGGCCAGACUCCCCCUCUCGGAACACUUUCCUCCACCGGAUUCGCCCUUAUCUUCCAUUAACUUAUAGAUAGCAAACUUUCUAAAUGUAAAUGUCAAAAUGUGCUCAAAUAUGCAUGUUCACUAAAAAAUAAUUUGUAAUUUUAACACACCAUUCACAAUUCAUUACCGUUAUCUGCUAAAUUAUAUACAAUUAUGUAUACCAAUACUCCGCUGACAAUUGCUCAGUUAGUGCUAAUUAAGCAAAAUUAACCACAAAGCCUACAACUAAUUAAGUCAAAGACGACUAAUUUGAUCUUGGUGUCGCGCAAUUCCUGUUUUACUAGUUCGUCCUUGUUUUAGAGGGUUGAACUACCUUGCAACAAACAAGAUCAUAUCAGGACAGAUGUUAAGCAUCUUGACCGAAAAAGAAAGAAAAAAGAAAAAAGAAAUUAUUCAAACAAGAGAACUUGUGUCAAAGUGGCGCGAACAGGGGGUCCAGUUUAACCUUUACAAAGGCAAGAGAGGGGACAUUUCAAUUAGAUGACUGAAAUGUAUGUUCGCUGCAGAAAAUGACAAAUAGUGUAUACGGAAUUCGUUCCUUUUUAAAAAAAUGUACUGAAAGUUAGAACAGAAAAUUUCAAUGUUUACUCUUUUUGUCUAAGCGACCCUGCCUCUCAUUACGGCGUUAGAGUGCCACACGACAACGUCGUGUUGUUAUGUCGAUAGGUGUGAAAAAAAUGACAAUAAAAGUGAAUACAUACUGUGAUGUGUACUAAACCCGGAGUUAUCGUUCCUUAUAUCAGUGAAACUGCCCAACACUAUGUAAGGACGACAACUCUGAGAUGACGUUGUGGGAAUAGAAGACUGACUGACAUAGAAGAACAUCUUAUUCUAUUGGGGGUUCCACGUAAGUCGCCUCAAAAGUUCAUGUUCCGUGUUGCAGCAGGUCGUACUAUUUUAUAUCAUCUUCCAGCCGUCAUCACGCUGGAAAAUAUUACACUAGUUGAUUAAUGACUUUGGCCUUCAAGCAUAUAUGUAUUUUGCUUUUAACCUUAAUUUCUGUGUUGCCUCCGUCGCCAAUACUUUUUGUUUAAUUAUUUAUUUCGUCUAAGUACUUGUUAAUAUGAUAAUACUUGUUUGUAUUUACUCAAUAUGUAAAUGUAUGCCUCGGAUAUGGUAAGGAGGGAAUAAUAUUUUGUUACUUUUAAUACAUUUAUUUUAUUAGAAA